ACAGACCCGUUACUCUUACCAUUUAAAAAAAUGGACCCCACCACUCCAGAAAAAAAAAACUGUAAACAAAUAAAACUAUGACUCCCAUCUCCAACGGCUAUAAUCUGUCCUUCUUCAACCGAACCUUCGCACUUUUCCUCUUUUAACUGCGCAAAAGUUUUUUUAGGCACAAAACACCCAAAAGAAAUCGACACAGAGACAUUUAUAUACCUUCUUUCUCCUUCAACUUUCCAGGAAACUAUUUGAGAAAGAAAGAGCUAGAGAGAGAGAUACAGAGGCCUUUGGCUUUCUCCUUCCCCAAAACCCUAAUGAGUUCUCUCCCAGCACCGCCGGCAAUGGAUUCUUCACCGCCGACGACUCCGCUCACCCUCAAAUCCCAACCCCAUCUCCGAUCCAGGCCCAUUCCUCGCCUCUCCCACCCCUUCGACGAUCCACUUGACAGCCCAACCCUAAUUUCGCCAUCCCCUCUUAAUCUCACCAUCCACGAACUCCUCCUCCUCCCCUCUUCCCCUAACCCUCAAACCAAACUCCGCCACAUUGCCGGGGAAAGCCACGAUCUACCUCCAUUAGAAGCCACUCCUCGCCGCAGAAGUAAGAGCAAGGCGCCGCCUGCUCCGAUUUCCCCGAGAAAUGGCCGAAGGGCUAGAAGGAGACUGGACAAGGAGAAUGUGAGGGAGGAUAGGGUUCUUACUCAAGUGGAGGAUGAUGCUGCGAAGCUUAAGAAACGUAGGCAGAGCAGACCUCGGCUUCCUCGAAAGGAAACGCUGAGCUUGAUCCCGUGUCUUCCUUCUUCCUGUCCAAAAACCAAACAAGAUGACAUUACUGUAGAUGAACAAAGUAGCUUGGAAGGUAUAUGUAAGGCAGUUUCGGAUCUGGUGAUGUGGAAGAAUGUUGCUAAAUCUAGUCUUUGGUUUGGGUUUGGAUCGAUUUUAUUUCUCUCCUCCAUUCUCUCAAGUGAUGUUGGGUUCAGCAUAGUAUCAGCAGUAUCUCAUUUAGGAAUUCUGAUUUUGUGCUUGGCAUUCCUCAACGACUCGAUUAGACAGAGAAAGCAAGAGAAGAAGAAAGCCAAACCGAUCCUGCUAACAGAAGAGGAUUUUCUUCGAGUAGCUCGGAUUAUUUUGCCAGUAGUUAAUGCUGCUCUUUCAAAAAGCCAAGAAACUUUCUCUGGAGAACCAGUGAUGACUCUCAAAGUAGCUCCAGUUCUUCUCUUCAUGGCCAAAUAUGGUCAUCUCACUACUCCCUGGAGACUUCUAGCAAUAGGUUUUUUCUCAAGCUUCACUGUGCCUAAAUUGUACUCUUGCUAUUACCAGCAGAUACAACAGAGAGUUGAAGAAGGAAGAAGCUAUGUUUUAGAGUCAUGGAGAUCAUGUUCUCGGAAGAAGUUGGUAGCUAUAUCAGUAGCAGCUCUGUUAUGGAAUAUAUUCAGUGUAAAGAUGCGAAUCUUUGCAGCAUUCAUCACUGUUGUUAUCCUUCGCUAUCAUCAUGAACAGUCACCUUACAUUCAGGAAUAUGAAGUAGAAGAUGUUAACAAGGACAGCCGUGAAGAAGGGGGACUGGGCGAAGAAGAGAACAUCAAUAAAACAGGAUAGAAGAGAAAGCACAGGCAAAGUUAAAAGGUGCAGAAACUUGGUUAGGAACCGCCCGCCAAGGUUAUCUGCUAAUACUAAAUAAUGUACCGUCUCCUACAUGUAUGUACACACUACACACUGCUGCAAAAGCUGUAUAAGAUGUCAAAUUUUUUGGUUCACAAUUGUAACUCUCUCUACAAAAAAAACUGUUAAUCAUCACACUAGCCUUUUUCUACCUCCCUAUGAUUUGUUAAAUUCUUCUCAACAAGUUUGUAAAACAGUAAUGCUUCUAUUAUCCAUUAAAUUGUCUAUUGCACAAAAUAUUGCAUUUAUAAUCAAGGACCUUUCAAAAAGAUUGGCAUUAAUCAUGAAAUGUUUCAGGAAAAUAUAAUAUAAUUUUUUGGUGUACCUUAAUGGUUCAAAAAUCCUAAAAAUACUUAUUUAAAUUUAUAAAAGAAAGAGGAAAGAACGAUAGAAAAAUAAAUAGCUUUCCUCUCCCACAAUUUUCUAUUAGUGAUGAAUGCAAGUUGUCCAGAGUAGAACUGGCCGGGUAAUUUAAUGUUGUUGUGAAGGCACUUAUGAACUUGUGUUAUUGCUAGCAAUUUAUCAAAUGUGCUUUAGUUCUUUGGCAGUGCUAGGCUCUAAAGAUUGGAAAAAGUGCAUUUUAUGAAGCACAAACAAAGAAAGAGGCAUUGUGGGUCGUUGAUACAUUCACCUUACAAGAUUGAAUCACAUCCCUACAUUUUAUCCAUUAAAAACCAAAAGUCAUCUAAUGAGUAACUGGAUUUUGCCGAUCAAUGGUUAGAUGAAGAGUUCAUCAAUCAAAAUUUAGACAUGAUAUGGACUAUGAUUUGUAUGGCUCAAAAUAAGCCUAAAUGCACAUCACUGCUUGGCUCAGGGAUAACUAACUCAUCCAAAACAGCUAUAGAAGAUGACUCGACAUGAUUAAGUCAUUGUUUUCAGGCUAGAAAAUGCAUCACUUCAAGGGAACGUCCUAACAUUAAUACAACAUAUUAAAAGAUUUAUGUCAUGAUUGCUCGACAAAUUUUAUGCCGGCUAUCGAUUAUCUUUAGGACUUGGGACUUGGCAAUUAUGAUAUUUUUAAGCUCAAUUGGAUAGCUUUCCCACAUGUAGUAGAUACAUCUCUUUUUUAAAAAAAAUUUCCUUGAAAGAUGCAUUUUAUAGAAGCCUCGGUCUCAUAUGUUUCAAUCAAGGUGAAUUUAAAAUUAAAGAAUGUUGAUCUUCCUUGAUCAUUGAAUAUGAAAAUUGAUGGAACUGUUCUGCUACUAGGGCUGGAUUUCUAGCUUAUAGUAUGAGUCGGUCUUUUUGUUCAUUUAAAGACAAGGGCCUCAUUAUAUCUCUAUGAUAAGCCAUCUAUUAUGAUUAAUGAUAUGGUUAAACUAUUACUAAAUCAAAAAUUCGAUCUGUUAAUUAAACUGCAAGGUUUCCAAAUCUGGAGCCAAAUGUUAACUAGUAGUUAGAAAGGUAGGAAGCAGGCCACGAGUUGGAAGGACUACCAAGAACAAUGCUACACCCACCCAUUAACUGCUCGACACAAUGAGAGUUGUCACACUUACAGGAAACUAUUUAUAAGAAAGAAGUUUGCACUAGGUAAAGUAUCGUUGAUUAUUUAACAUACUGUAGAUAAGAACAAUUUAUUGAAUAAG